AUGGCGAGCCCUCCGGAGACCGACGGCUUCUCGGACGUGCGCAAGGUGGGCUACCUGCGCAAACCCAAGAGCAUGCACAAGCGCUUCUUCGUGCUGCGGGCGGCCAGCGAGGCGGGGGGCCCGGCGCGCCUCGAGUACUACGAGAACGAGAAGAAGUGGCGGCACAAGUCGAGCGCCCCCAAACGCUCGAUCCCCCUCGAGAGCUGCUUCAACAUCAACAAGCGGGCGGACUCCAAGAACAAGCACCUGGUGGCCCUCUACACCCGGGACGAGCACUUUGCUAUCGCGGCGGACAGCGAGGCCGAGCAGGACAGCUGGUACCAGGCCCUCCUGCAGCUGCACAACCGUGCCAAGGGCCACCACGACGGGGCCGCGGCCCCUGGGGCGGGAGGCGGAGGGGGCAGCUGCAGCGGCAGCUCUGGCCUCGGCGAGGCAGGGGAGGACUUGAGCUACGGGGACGUGCCCCCAGGACCUGCGUUCAAAGAGGUCUGGCAGGUGAUCCUGAAACCCAAGGGCCUGGGUCAGACAAAGAACCUGAUUGGCAUCUACCGCCUCUGCCUGACCAGCAAGACCAUCAGCUUCGUGAAGCUGAACUCGGAGGCGGCGGCCGUGGUGCUGCAGCUGAUGAACAUCAGGCGCUGUGGCCACUCAGAGAACUUCUUCUUCAUCGAAGUGGGCCGUUCCGCAGUGACGGGACCCGGGGAGUUCUGGAUGCAGGUGGAUGACUCUGUGGUGGCUCAGAACAUGCACGAGACAAUCCUGGAGGCAAUGCGGGCCAUGAGCGAUGAGUUCCGCCCUCGCAGCAAGAGCCAGUCCUCCUCCAACUGCUCCAACCCCAUCAGCGUACCCCUGCGCAGGCACCACCUCAACAACCCCCCGCCCAGCCAGGUGGGGCUGACUCGCCGCUCGCGCACCGAGAGCAUCACCGCCACCUCCCCGGCCAGCAUGGUGGGCGGGAAGCAGGGCUCCUUCCGUGUCCGUGCUUCCAGCGACGGCGAAGGCACUAUGUCCCGUCCAGCUUCGGUGGAUGGCAGUCCUGUGAGUCCUAGCACCAACAGGACCCACGCCCACCGGCAUCGGGGCAGCUCUCGGCUGCACCCCCCUCUCAACCACAGCCGCUCCAUCCCCAUGCCUUCUUCUCGAUGCUCACCUUCGGCCACUAGCCCGGUCAGUCUGUCGUCCAGCAGCACCAGUGGCCACGGCUCCACCUCAGACUGUCUCUUCCCGCGGCGGUCUAGUGCUUCUGUGUCCGGCUCCCCCAGCGAUGGCGGUUUCAUCUCCUCGGAUGAGUAUGGCUCCAGUCCCUGCGAUUUCCGAAGUUCCUUCCGCAGUGUCACCCCAGAUUCCCUGGGCCACACCCCACCGGCCCGGGGUGAGGAGGAGUUGAGCAACUACAUCUGCAUGGGAGGCAAGGGGGCCUCCACCCUCACUGCCCCCAAUGGUCACUACAUUUUGCCUCGGGGUGGCAAUGGUCACCGCUACAUCCCAGGAGCUGGCUUGGGCACGAGUCCAGCCCUGGCUGGAGAUGAAGCAGCCAGUGCUGCAGAUCUGGAUAAUCGGUUCCGAAAGCGGACUCACUCUGCUGGCACAUCUCCUACCAUUUCCCACCAGAAGACCCCAUCCCAGUCCUCUGUGGCUUCCAUUGAGGAAUAUACAGAGAUGAUGCCUGCCUACCCACCAGGAGGUGGCAGUGGAGGCCGACUGCCCGGCUACCGGCACUCGGCCUUUGUGCCCACCCAUUCCUACCCUGAGGAGGGUCUGGAAAUGCACCCUUUGGAGCGUGGUGGGGGCCACCACCGCCCAGACACCUCAACUCUCCACACUGAUGAUGGCUACAUGCCCAUGUCCCCAGGAGUGGCCCCAGUGCCUGGCAGCCGAAAGGGCAGUGGGGACUAUAUGCCUAUGAGCCCCAAGAGCGUGUCUGCCCCGCAGCAGAUCAUCAACCCCAUCAGACGCCAUCCCCAGAGAGUGGACCCCAAUGGCUACAUGAUGAUGUCCCCAAGCGGCAGCUGCUCCCCUGACAUUGGAGGUGGGUCCAGCAGCAGCAGCAGUGCUGCCCCUUCUGGGAGCAGCUAUGGGAAGCUAUGGACAAAUGGUGUAGGGGGCCACCACUCUCACGCCCUCCCACACCCCAAACUACCCAUGGAGAGCAGUGGUAGCAAGCUCUUGUCUUGUACAGGUGACUACAUGAACAUGUCGCCAGUGGGGGACUCCAACACUAGCAGCCCCUCUGACUGCUACUACGGCCCUGAGGACCCCCAGCACAAGCCAGUACUCUCCUACUACUCAUUGCCAAGGUCCUUUAAGCACACCCAGCGCCCUGGGGAGCUGGAGGAGACUGCCCGGCACCAGCACCUCCGCCUUUCCUCCAGCUCUGGUCGCCUUCUCUAUGCUGCAGCAGCAGAAGAUUCCUCUUCCUCCACCAGCAGUGACAGCCUGGGUGGGGGAUACUGUGGGGCUAGAUCCGAGCCCGGCCUCCCACAUCAUCUCCACCAUCAGGUCCUGCAGCCUCAUCUGCCUCGAAAGGUGGACACAGCUGCGCAGACCAACAGCCGCCUUGCUCGGCCCACAAGGCUGUCCCUGGGUGAUCCCAAGGCCAGCACCUUACCUCGGGCCCGAGACCAGCAGCAGCAGCCACCCCUGCUGCACCCUCCGGAGCCCAAGAGCCCAGGGGAAUAUGUGAAUAUUGAAUUUGGGAGUGAUCAGCCAGGCUACUUAUCUGGCCCCAUGGCUCCCCACAGCUCGCCUUCUGUCAGGUGUCCAUCCCAGCUCCAGCCAGCUCCCAGAGAGGAAGAGACUGGCCCUGAAGAAUACAUGAACAUGGACUUGGGGCCGGGCCGGAGGGCAGCCUGGCCGGAGAGCGCUGGGGUCCAGCCUGGCAGAGUAGGCCCUGCGCCUCCUGGGUCUGCUAGCAUGUGCAGGCCUACUCGGGCAGUGCCCAGCAGCCGGGGUGACUACAUGACCAUGCAGAUGGGUUGUCCCCGUCAGAGCUACGUGGACACCUCGCCAGUUGCCCCCAUCAGCUAUGCUGACAUGCGGACGGGCAUUGUUGUGGAGGAGGUGAGCCUUCCCGGGGCCACAGCGGCUGCUCCUUCCUCAACCUCAGCAGCCUCUGCUUCUCCUGCUGCACCUCAAGGGGCAGGGGAGCUGGGGGCCCGCUCUUCCCUGCUGGGGGGCCCGCAGGGACCUGGUGGCAUGAGCGCCUUCACCCGGGUGAACCUCAGCCCCAAUCGCAACCAGAGUGCCAAAGUGAUCCGUGCGGACCCGCAAGGGUGCCGGAGGCGGCAUAGCUCCGAGACCUUCUCCUCGACACCUAGUGCCACCCGGGCGGGCAAUAUGGUGCCCUUCGGAGCGGGGGCUGUGGUGGGGAGCAGCGGUGGUGGCAGCAGCACUGAGGAUGUGAAGCGCCACAGCUCUGCUUCCUUUGAGAACGUGUGGCUGAGGCCUGGGGAGCUCGGGGGAGUCCCCAAGGAGCCAGCCCAAGUGUGCGGGGCUGCUGGGGGUUUGGAGAAUGGUCUUAACUACAUAGAUCUGGAUUUGGUCAAGGACUUCAAACAGCGCCCUCAGGAGCGCCCCUCUCAGCAGCAGCCUCCCCUACCCCCGGCCCCUCAUCAGCCUCUUGGCAGCAGUGAGAGCAGCUCCACCAGCCGCUCCAGUGAGGAUUUAAGCGCCUAUGCCAGCAUCAGUUUCCAGAAGCAGCCAGAGGACCUCCAGUAGCUCAACUGGACAUCACAGCAGAAUGAAGACCUAAAUGACCUCAGCAAAUCCUCCUUUAACUCAUGGGUACCCAGACUCUAAAUAUGUCAUGAUUCACAACCAGGACCUCACAUCUUCCUCCUCAGUAGAUGGUACGAUGCAUCCAUUUCAGUUUGUUUACUUUAUAACAAUCCUCAGGAGUUCGUUGACUGAACUGCACAUUCUAUAUUGUGCCAAGCAAAAAAGCACUGUGACACCAGAACAAUGAGUCUGCAUAAACUUCAUCUUCAACCUUAAGGACUUAGCUGGCCAUGUGAGCUGUUGGGCCCACCACCAUGCCACGAGAGAAUGGGUUCACUCUCAUUGCAUUUACAAGAUACGUUUAUUUCAUCUGCUGCUGAAACUGUGUACGACAAAGCAUCAUUGUAAAUUAUUUCAUUCAAAACUGUUCACGUUGGGUGGAGAGAGUAUUAAAUAUUUAACAUAGG